CUCUAAGUAAACGCCAGUCAACUUUUCUUCCCCAUCUUUACAUCCUCUUUUCCCCUCUCUCUUUCUCACCAUUUUCUUCAUAUUCAAGUAUUCAUAUUAUUACAAUUUCUAUUUUCUCAUCCAAAUUUAAAUAUAAUCCCAAAAAAAUAAAAUUAUGUCUCAAUUUCCCCACCAUGUAUCUUGUAAGCUUAAUUCACUUUGUAGAUUAUUUUCUAAAGUGGUUUCCAUUGAUCAACAUGAUCAUCAAGGAGGUAAUAUUGAAGAUGAUUGGGAAUAUAUAGAAGUUCUUGAUCGUGAACUUUUGAGUGAUGAAGAUAAAGAAAGCUCCAUUUAUAGCCAAGAUAUUGUUAUGCUUGAUCAAGCUUCUACCUCUUUGGAACACCCAUAUCAUGUCAAGAUGAAAUACACAGUAUUGAGCAAAGAUCAUGUUCGUCAACGCCUAGAAGAUAAAAUUACAAAGGUUUGUAAUGUCUUUUUGCUACCAAGAAAUGAAGCUGCUAUUCUUCUCCAACAUUUUAAAUGGAGUGUGAGCCGAACCAAUGAUGAAUGGUUGGCAUCGGAAGAGAAGGUCCGCAGGGCAGUUGGUCUGUUUGAAAGACCUGUUACAGAAACCCCAAAUGAUGCAGCAGAGGGGCGAACGUGUUGGAUUGCUUGCAGCAUAUGUCAUGGAAAUUUCCAAAGAUCUACCAUGUCUUCUGUUUCUUGUGGUCAUCAAAUUUGCCAUCCUUGCUGGAAAGCCUACAUUAGAGAAGCAGUCAAUGAUGGGCCUAGAUGUUUGACAUUGAGAUGCCCUAAAGCAUCAUGUGAUGCUGCUGUUGGCUUUCAGUUGAUAGCAAUGCUAUCAUCCCAAGAUGAUAAGAUGAAGUUUGAAAAUCACCUUCUUGGUAGUUAUAUCACUAACCGGCGUAAGGCAAAAUGGUGUCCUGCACCCAACUGCAACUAUAUUGUGUUUUCUCCUAAUGGUGGUGAAGGCAAUGUAACAUGUAGAUGUUCACAUUGUUUCUGCUGGAAAUGCUCAGCAGAAGGCCAUGCACCCGUUGAUUGUAACACACUUGUUGAGUGGAUGUCUGAGGGCGCUCGGCAGUCAGAGAAUUGGGUCUUAGCCAAUACAGUGUCAUGUCCAAGGUGCAACGUCAAGUUUGAGUCCGAGCAAGACUUCUACAAAUAUAUAAAAUGCACCUCAUGUAAAUUGGCCUUUUGCUGCGACUGUGGCGGUAACUGGUUUAACUACGAGUCUAAUGGCUAUUGGAUCCAUAAAUGUAAAUUUGAUUUAGAUUUCAAUCUUAAACAGUCGGCCAAGAACUCGCUUGAACGAUACAAUUACCAUUAUGGUGAAUGGGCAGUCUGUGAAUCGUCUAGGGUAAACACGCUUGUUGACUUAUGCAUGUUUCGAAACACGCAACUCGAGUUUUUGCGUGCCAUCUUGUGUCUUUCUCCUAAAGAUUUAGACUUUUUCGUUGAAGCUCUUGAACAGAUUGCUGAAUGUUGGCAAAUACUGAAGUGGAUGCAUGUAUAUGGAUAUUUUCUGGAUGAUAAUGAACAUGUCAAGAAGCAUCUAUUCGAGUUCAUGCAAGGAGAAGCAAUAAGCCUUGUCAAGAGACUUCAGAUGCAUGCUGAGGAUCUUCAGUACUUCCUAAGUGGGGAAGCACCCUUGAAAAAGUUCAUCGAAUACAAAAGCAAUAUGACUGUGCUCACAAGGGUGACAAGAAAUUAUUUUGAUCAAUUGGUGGAAGGUUUAGUGAGUGGGCUUUCAGAAGCGGUAUGCAUUUCAGAACUUAGCCCAAGACUGAAGAAGUGGCAUGAACGUGGGGAAAAAAGCUUCAUUUGGAAAAGCCCAAAUUCAAAUCCAAGCCCAAAUCUAAAUCCAAGCCCAAGUACAAGCCCACCCAAAUUCACAAUAGGCUAAUGUGAUAUCAACAUCUGAUAUGAUUUGUGGUAAAGCCCAGCCCAUUAUUUGAAUUUGAGCUCCGGCCCAAACUUAAGCCUGAAAGUAACAGCUUAAUGAAUAAAAUUUAAUUAUAUCUAUUUGACUAUGUAAAGAUUAUCUUGAUUGGUUGUAUGGGACUUUUUGAAUUGAUAAAAUAAGCUAUCUUGUCUAGCCACAA